UCCAGUGAUCCUCAUUUACAACUUGUCUUCUGUCUUCUGAAAAGAGACUUACAUUCAGGGCUCGAACUUUAUAAUCUGCAAGUCUCAAAAGAGCAAUCUCAUCCAAAAGUGCAAGAAAAGGAAUAUAACGUUUGGUGGAAGAUUAAAAGAUGCCAAGACGACCCUUCAAGCGUCUACAGGACCAACCCGAUGACAUUGAUACGAGUUUAAAUGAAAUCGAGAUGACUGAACCCAACAACCAUCACCGUAGUCAUGGUUAUGGACAUGCGACUGGAGGUGGUCCAGUGGCUUCGCCUAUUUCAGAUAGAGCUAGCACUUCUUCUGGAAGACCUGCUCAUGAAGCACAGCCUCGGAGAUCGAUGCAUCAAGUCGAUUUGGAAUUGGAGUGGCCUAUGGUCGAUAUCCCUCAAGAGCUUCGUGAAAUGCAGACUGGAAAUGAUGAUUCAAAUACCCGCUCAAACUCACAAGCCAAUGCGAUCAGGAGUGCUUUCAAGAGAAAGCUUUUUCUCCUGUUAGAAGAUCCUUCCUCUGGCAGUUCUGCAUUUGCUCUCAAUGUCUGGGUCUCGUUUGUCAUCGUUCUCAGUACCAUCAUCACUACUAUUGAAACCAUUCCUUCCUUUCGAUCCACUGAUUCAACUAUCUGGUUCGAAUUCGAGACCGUUUUGGUCGCAUUUUUCACUAUUGAGUUUAUUGCCCGUAUCAUCGCUCAUUCUGAUUCUAUCAAACAACUCAAACGAUUCCUCCUUUCUCCUCUCGCCAUCAUUGAUAUCCUUUCCAUUAUGCCUUACUACAUUGAACUGGCUCUCACACGGGACACGACUGUUUUCUUCCGAUUCACCAUCUUGAGGCUCUUCCGUCUGCUUCGAGUCUUCCGUACAUUUAAAUAUUCUUCGACCAUUGUUAUGACAAUUGAAGUCAUGAUUGUUGCUAUCAAGAGAAGUAUGGACGCACUUAGCGCCCUAUUCUUUUUCUUGAUUACUGGCACCAUGCUCUUUUCAACACUGCUUUAUUUUACUGAGCGUGGCGAAUGGGAUGAAGCACGACAGGUGUUUGUGGAUGCCAACAACAACCCUAGUACUUUUGACAGUAUCCCUGCAGCGUUCUGGUAUGUCAUGGUGACGAUCACAACUACAGGAUAUGGUGACAUGGUACCUACAACGUUUUUGGGCAAACUGAUUUCAUUCCCAGCCAUGAUGUGCGGUGUCUUGUUGAUCACCUUGCCAUCCAUCAUUAUCGGCCGCAAUUUUACUCUUGUCUGGGAGACUAUGCAGCGGUACAAGCGAAUAGCAGAGGCAAACAGUCGUGCAACAACAGACGAUACGCCUAGUGAAGGCGUAAGGGAAAGCUUUGAAAGCAGCCAUUCUUACCAAUUCAAUGUAUUGCGACCAAUGUACUCUUCAUUGUCAGCGAACGGAUCAAUUCCAGGGCAACAGGAUAUGAUGGAUCAAAUUCAAACGAUGACGCAGGUCUUGAAGCAGAAUCAGCAAACAAUGAACGCGCUACAAAAGAUUUUGGAGACUCAUGACUUGGUACCCAAAAAAUCACCCUUUUCGGAUAGCAACACUGUUCUGUAAGCUCCUUUAUUAAUAGUCUAUUAAUUUGCUCCGCAAAAAAAAACGCUGUUGCUUCUUAUUACUUAUCAUAGAC